GCAAGGGUAAAGCCUGGUUUGCUGGUCUCAGCUAGGCUACUUUAAAGCGGUACAGCUUUCUCCUGUAAAACCGGUUUUAGCAGGCUGGGAGACCAGUAAAAAACAACCUUUAAUCUCGUAUGUGAGCGAGCACAGAUUGUCCAGCCGCAGUAACCUUACACUGCAGCGCCGUGUCCGAGCUUUAACGCUGACGCGCUGCCGGAUGCUCAGCGGUCCACCGUGACAACCGGGGCCAGGUGUAAAGCCCCAGAAUAGCACCAGCAUUGUUGAGUAGACUAUUAAAGCCCCUAUGGUGCCUGUUGCCACUGGGUAAGCUUUCUAUAAACCUGCGCUUACACACUCUUCCUGGAUCUGACGCCCAGUAGUUCAGUGGUCGUAACGUAUAAAUGUACGUUUGAGCUCAGUGUUGGCACGGAGUUCACGAGACACCCAGCGGCCUACAUUUCAAGGAUUUUUCCACGCACAAAAAUGGGUCAGUGUAGUUCAAGGACAUCCGAGCAGUUUAACGAGUUUACGUCACUUACAACUACAAAAUUGUGUGAAAAACGCUCUCCCGGCAUUUCACAAGAGAAAUGGCGAGCGGACGCCUCUCAGAGCGAAGCGGCAGCGGAGAGACGGCGCCGCGGCUGCGGGACCCACGACGACUGCUCCGGACUGGUCUUUGUGGCAGAUCCAACCGGUGGGGUGUGGAUAGACGAAACCCUCGGAAGACAAAGGUGAACCUGUGGAUGUGAAGUUGGGGUCGUCGUUGUUCUUGUUUUUCAAUGAAAUCCAUCCUGAGGUUUCUAAAGGUGAUGACAAUGUCAACAAUCCAGUGCUGGAAGUAUCUGGAAGGAUUGAGAUGGGAUUAUUGGAUGCCUGAGGCCGGGGCACACAUUAAACUUUUUUGUUUGGUUUCCAUUAACUGAAAUGGAUUUAUUUGAAGAGUUUUUCCAAGAUAUGUAUUGUUGUCAUCUAUUAUGUCACUUACUGCCUGGUCAUUGUCACACAUGUCAUGUGGUCAGUUGAUAAAUGUAAUGGGGAAACCCAUGGUUAAUUUCUUUAAACUUAGUCACUUCUCAGGGCAACAGUCUUAACUGAGAACUUAAAAUUAUUUAUAUCAUAUCUAUUUAUAUAUGUUUAUUUCGCAAGGGUUAAAUUUUCAAGUUCAUGUGUCAAAUGACAUUUUCUUUAUUUUCUUUCGGAUCUUUAGCCAUUUUGAACAUAUGUGACAUGAGAAUCCAUGAAAGAGAUUUUAAUUUACUUUUAUCAUGGGAUGUUUUGUUUAAAUGUGUACAUUAUUUAAGACACGAGAGAUAAUCAAGCAGAACUCCGUUCCAGGCAUUCUUAGCAUAUCAUUUGGGAGGUGUCCCGUGAUACUUUGACCCAUUAAUCAUACAGCACUAUGUAGAUAAGCUAGAUAUAAUACAUCACUGAGUAAAGCAGACACCAUCUUAGGUAAACUCACAAUUGUUGAGAGAACACAGUGAGAAGCUUUGGUGUUUGUGAACAUCUCACAUGUACAAUGGGCCAUUCAGGAUCCAGACACAAACCUGAAGCCCGUAUCCUCCUCUUAGGGCUCGACGGAGCUGGAAAAUCAACACUUCUUUACAAACUGAAGUACAAUGAGGACUUCCACACGGUUCCUACAAUUGGAUUCAAUGUAGAAAUGAUCGAAGCGAAGAAGAACAGGGACAAAAUCACCCUGACCGUGUGGGACGUCGGAGGGCAGGAUAAGAUGCAAGUGCACUGGAGGAAUUUUUACCAGGACACAGCUGGAAUUGUGUUCGUUGUGGACUCUUCUGAUAUUAAGCGUCUGGAUGAGGCCAAGAGAGUGCUGGAACAGACCUUAAAGAGUGACCAUCUCAGGAGACUCCCGGUGGUGGUUCUUACCAACAAGCAAGAUAUUGUAGGAGCUGCAACGGUAACUGAGAUCACAGAGCAGUUUAACCUGAGAAAGAGUUGCAGUGAACGAGACUGGUUCAUUCAGCCGUGUUCGGCGCUGACUGGAGCGGGUCUGGUGGAUGGCUUCAGACGAAUGGCACACCUGGUGAAAAUGACACCCGAGGACAAUAACAUCAAAGAGACUGUGAAGUAUAUAAGAUCAAAAUCGGUUAUGUCACUGAAGAAGUAGCGAACAUGGUAACUUAUUAACCACUUUUUAUGGAAGGUUAUGUACACAAUGCUACCAAAUUUGGAUAGUUAAUAACAUGUGAACGGAGUGAAAAAUUAAAUACUAAAAGACACUAGGAUGAUUAUAAAUGAAUUCUUAAAUUCAUUACAGUAACCAAGAUAAAAAAAAACUUGAAUGUCUGUAAUGAAAUAAAUGCCCAUACAAACAGCAAAGCCUGUUAACCACACUUACGAAAAGUUAUGUAAACUUUAGUUGUUCAGAAUCAUGUGAACUGAAUGGGAAGUGGAGUUAUAAGGAACUGUAAAAGGGUCUAAAUAUUACCUUGAAUUAAUUGAAUGCAUUUAACACAUGCUGUAGAGUACUUGUACAUUUACAAUUUUAUUUUUUUUAUAAAACAGACUUAGAUUAUGUAAACAAUCAUGUGAACUAAAGAAAAAAAA